UGAGAGUGGAAGUGACGGAAACAUAGGGCGACUUGGCGAGUCAAUUAUAUGUCAAACUUUGUGUGUAAGAUGAUAGAUUAAGACCAUUGAACAGCCUUGAUUAAGGUGAUAUUAUGGAUGUGCAAGCCUUCGCGCGAUUAUCAAAAAAGCUGUCGCAGGCACCGAAGAAGAAGAAGGAGGAAGGGGGACCCUCGAACCAACUCUUCGUCGACGAUGUUCUCAAGAAGGCUGGGGCCUCCAAAACUCCGGAAACUAAGGAACCCCCAAAGGAGGUUGCUGCUGGUGACACCGGUGUUGGUGCCGGAGGCUCCCAAGCCGGGGAGCUUAAGAGAAAAAACACCGGGAAGGGCUCCAAGCCUCCGGUGACUAAGAAGCAGAGGGGGGCCGAUGAAGGUAAGGGUGCCCCCCUUGUGAUCC